AUGGAAAGAAUCGAAGGCCUCGAAAAAGAUAUUGAUGAGAAGAAAGUGCUUCUGGAAAAACAGGAAGAUAUGGCAAAUAUGUAUCAUCAACGUUCAAGGGAGGCGAAGUUAGAGCUGAUGAAGACGCCACAAAAUAUGGAACGUAAUGCGUUUGUGUCCGUUUUGUUUUUGGACAAGUUUGUAAUUGAUGGCAAGUCAAGGGUCAAGAAGUUGCCCGACUCCUCAUCCACCAUGUUCAAGAGUCUGAGGAGAACAUACCAAGAGGCUCAAAUACUGGACGAUGAAGAAGAAUUUGAGCUGUUUGUUCAUGGGUUCAACAUCGGCCAUCCCAUGUGUGAUUUCGUGGACGCGGGCGCUGGGAAGGAAUGCUCCGACGAGAAAAUUCGAUUGCAUGCCGGAAAUGUCCAUCGUAAACACAUUACAUUUGCCAGCUCCACCAAUAGUGGGUAUGCACGUCUUCUUGGGCCAUACAGCAGUACGGAAGUGUGCAACCGUGUGACAAUGCUUGAGGGACCUCCAUUUGAAAGGGAGCUGGCAGAGCUGAAGGAUAAAUACCGCACCACCUCGUUCCCAACGGUAUUCCGAGAAACCAAGCUGCCUCCAACACGAUUUCGCCGCCCACGUAUAACGGAUAUGCCUACCAACCCCCGCACCAUCUGA